GCGAAAGGACGACCAGGAUUCUUACAGAGCAGUCGGCUGCACCCCACAUACUCAUCAAUAGUGUGUUUGAGACUCAUUGAUUCUACCUAAAGGACGACUCGUCGCCUCGUCCCGAGAUCUCUAAAAUCACGAAGAGUCACUGCAUAGACAGGACCAACACGCAUCGACUCAAGCACAUCAAGGUAACGACCAAAACCCUAUAUCAGUCAUUAUGAAGUUCACCGCUGCUGCCGCCCUCUCCGCCAUUGGCCUUGCCGUUGCCAACCCAGUCGAUUUCACCGAGAGGCAGAGCUGCCCUAAAGUCUACAUUUUCGGUGCUCGCGAAACCACCAUUUCUCAGGCCAACCCAUACGGAACAGCUGGUGGCCUUGUCAACUCGGUGAAGGCCGCCUACCCCGGAUCUGGCUCCGAGGGCAUUGUCUACCCUGCUUGCGGUGGACAGGCGUCAUGUGGAGGUAUCAGCUAUGACAGCUCUGCUACCCAGGGAACCGCUGCCGUCGUCGAGGCUGUCACAGCCUACAACCGGAAAUGCCCCAGCACACAAAUUGUCCUUAUCGGAUACUCUCAAGGUGGUCAAAUCAUGGACAAUGCGCUGUGCGGUGGUGCUGGUGCCACGCUCACUGGCAAUGGCCUGGCGGCCGUCAAGGCUGCUAUCUUCAUGGGCGACCCACAUAACCGCGCUGGCCUUCCCUACAACGUUGGCACAUGCACAGCUCAGGGCUUCGCCGCCCGUCCCGCUGGCUUCCAGUGCUCACCCGCCAACACAAGCAUCAUCCAGUCGUACUGCGAUGCUGCUGACCCAUACUGCUGCGACGGCAGCGAUGCCGAUGCUCACCAGCAGUACGUCAACGUGUACGGCGACCGGGCUUUGGCCUUCAUCAAGUCCAAGGUCACCGCUUAAGCGGCAUGACGGGGCCCCGCUCGGAGUGGAGAAGCUAGAUUCUCAUUGUACAUACUAUGGUAUCCGGCAAAAAUAGUGUACAUUGGCCAGUGCACGUCAGGGGUGUCGCCACCGGAAAUUGAAGUGGGGGAAGCUCAAUACAGUCUUCAUUACAUACAAAUCUUAGUACUUUUUGUGAC